GUGUGUGUGUGUGUGUGUGGCGUCUGAGCAACAGCCCGGAGUGUGUGUGAGUCACUGUGAUCCGAAGUGACUGACAAUCCAGAUAACUGUGGGGCUGGCAAUGCGCCGACUACCAAACAUGCAAACAUGCAUUUGAACUGAAUGGGAGCUACUGGGAAAUUCGAAGGAAUCCUUCUGUGACAGUUGCCGUGCUAUUGAAGUUAUGUAAAAACGUCUUUUAUACAGCAUUCGAUUUUUAAGUGCCCAGUGACCUUUUAGAGGUGGAAUGGAUUGGUUAUAUUUUCUGGAGGGUGAAUACCGGUUCGUUCCAACUUUGCCUUUUUUCCUCGAAGAGUGGAUCAAAGGAGAAACUUUAAUGAGGCUUUACGCUUUUCUCUAAGAAUGGAGUUGCUGAAGGCGAACUUGAGCUGUCUGGAUAGUUUAUCCCGGGGAAACAACUGCCUGCCCGCCAGGGGCACGUCUCCCGGGGUAGCGGCCACCCUCGCCGGCGUACUCAUCUUCACCACCGUGACUGAUAUCGUUGGAAAUCUGCUGGUCAUCCUGUCUGUGUACAGGAACAAGAAACUCAGGAAUGCAGGUAACAUCUUUGUGGUGAGUCUUUCUGUGGCUGACCUGGUGGUGGCGCUGUACCCCUACCCCUUGGCUCUGGUCGCUAUCUUCCAUAAUGGCUGGACAAUGGGCCCCCUGCACUGCCAGCUGAGCGGGUUCAUUAUGGGACUGAGUGUGAUCGGUUCAGUGUUCAACAUCACGGCUAUCGCCAUCAACCGCUACUGCUACAUCUGCCACAGUCUCCGCUACGACCGGCUGUAUUCUCGUCAGAACACCUGUCUGUACCUGCUGCUCACCUGGACGCUAACCGCUUUGGCCACUGUGCCCAACUUCCUGGUGGGUUCCCUAAAAUAUGACCCACGCGUCUUCUCCUGCACGUUCACCCAGACAGCAAGUUCUUCUUAUACCGUUUGCGUUGUUCUGAUCCACUUUCUGGUUCCUCUGGGUGUGGUUUCUUUCUGCUACCUGCGCAUAUGGACGUUGGUGAUUAGGGUCAAAGGUCGCGUGCGGCCCAAUCCGAAGGUCAGGGCGGCCGACUUGCGGAAUUUCUUGACGAUGUUUGUGGUGUUCGUGCUGUUCGCCGUGUGCUGGGCGCCCUUGAACUUCAUCGGGCUCGCCGUGGCGAUAAACCCCGCAAGAGUGGCGCCGAAUGUACCAGAGUGGCUGUUUGUUACCAGCUACUUCAUGGCGUAUUUCAACAGCUGUCUGAAUGCUGUCAUCUACGGGUUGCUCAACCAGAACUUCAGGCAAGAAUACAAACAGAUUCUCCGCGCUCUCUGCACCCCACGAGCACUGUUCACUGAGAGCUCCAGGUACAACACUGAAGCCAUAAAGAGUAAACAGUCGCCGGCGGGAACCAAUAACAAUGUGAAAGAGGCCAAUAUGUAUAAGGGUGGUGUAACACACACUCUUUUCUAGUACAGCACCCCCCAUUUAACUAACAACCACAAAAUUUGUGUAUAAACGGGUUAAAGGCACAGUGGGGUAAAAUGCACAUUUGUUUUUAUUUUUCCGCAGCACUUUCCUAAACAUCCGUGGUUCACUAUGCACCAGGAAAUUUGGCUGAGCCUUGAUUCAGCAAAUAAAAUGUCAAUUCUGCACUACACUGACCUAAUAUUUGACUAUUUUUAUGCUAUUUUAUAGAGUUAUAUGACAAUUGAGAAUCAAUACAAUUUCCAAAUAUAUUUUCAAAGAUCUGAGCAGUAUGUAAAAGUAUGGUAUUUAGGGUAAAAAGUGCCCUUACUGUUGAAGCUAAUGUCACAAUAAUUGGAAUAAAAAUAAAUAGCAGGUUGACUUUUUAAUUUAGUUUAGUUUAUUUUAGUUUAUUUAUUUAUAAAGCACAUUUAAAAACAACAGGAGUUGCAACCAAAAUGCUGUAUAACAAAUAUAAAACAAAGUAAAAACAUACCCAAUAAAGAAAGACAAAGGGACAAAAAACUAUUUACACCCUCAAAAAGAAUUAAAACAUACAGAAUAAAAAUAGAUUUUAAAAGAGGACUUAAAGAAAUAUAAAGGGAAAAAUCUUUUGUGAAGAGGAAGACUGUUCCAGAGCAUAGGAGCUGCCACAGCAAAAGACUAAUCGAUUUAGUUUGAAAAUGUGAACGAGGGAUUAGACGAGAAAUUGGCUAGAUAACCGAAGAGAUCUAGAGGAUCUAGAGAAGAUUACAAAUAUACUGGGGAGCUUUAAAAACAAAGAGCAAAAUCUUAA